AACGACAAAUAUAUGCUGUCAAGCGGCAGCCGAUGACAGAAAAAUAAUAUAAAUGAUUUAGUGUAUAAAAUAAUUUUACCAUUAUAUUUUCUAAAUACUCUUUAUAUAGUAUUAUAGGUGCAUUUAUUGUAUAUAAUAUCAUUAAUGCACUAUGGAAACGAUAUCGCUACCUAAAACAACUUCAAAACGGAAAAUUGAAUAUUGUAGAAGUAAAUGGAAAGUUCAUGAUUUUGAAGUAUGGAGCGGCGAGCUUAUAUGUAAAGUAGCAGUUCUGUGCAUGGAUGGAUCACUUUUGGUGUGGGUUGGCGGUGACAAAGCAGCGUUAUCCGAAAUGGCUCUAGGAAUGCCCCAGGAGCACGGUUCGUUAGCUACUACAUUGCUGGGAGAAGAGAGCAGCGCCGCGGGGCUGGCUCGCCGCCUUGCCACUAAACUGCAGUGCCCAGUGUACGUGUGUUGUGGACAAACAUUUGAUCGCUUUACAGCACCACUUGUUGAAAAAGGCAUAGCUAUAGAAUUUAAAGAACACCCUGAAUGUUUUAGGUGAAGAUCAUCAUUCAUGAAAUGCAAAAAAAUUAUUGAUCAAUAACUGAUUUAUAUUAAUAAAGUUUUCUGGUGCUUGAAGGUUUCUCAAAGUUAGUAUUUUCAAUGCUUGAUACUAUGUUUUUAAACAAAUAAAAUAUUGUACUUAAAA